AGGAUAGAUACAGCAUGGCCAGCCUGCGGAUUCUGCUUCUCGUGGCUCUCAUCUUUCUUGCUGUGGAACUUCAGACAUCGGAUGCAGGUCCCUAUGGUGCUAAUGUGGAAGACAGCAUCUGCUGCCAGGACUACAUCCGUUACCCGCUGCCGCCACGUGUAGUGAAGGAGUUCUUCUGGACCUCAAAGUCCUGCCGCAAGCCUGGCGUAGUUUUGAUAACCCUCAAGAACCGCGAUAUCUGUGCCGACCCCAGGCUGCUUUGGGUGAAGAGGAUUCUCCGUAAGCUGGCCUAGUGAGGAGGGCCUGGUGGCCAUGGGCGUGACCACUCCAGGAAGGCCCAGCAAGCCCUAUCCUACUGCCAUCCCAGCGAGAGCCUUGCCAACAAUGCUGCCUUCGCUCACCACCGUGCCCUGGGCUGUCACUCCGUCAGGCCUCUUGUCCCUCCAUCUCCCCUCCAUCCCAUCUUACCCAUCCUCUUCCAACAUGGCAGCUGAGGGAGCACAUUCAGGCCCUCCCUCUCCCAGCAUCCCCUCCACACUGCUUUAGGUGAGGCCACGCCCCUUGCUUUGGUGUCCUGGUCCUGCAGAUCUCUCCCCAGCCCAAGGAAGACCCAAUUGCACCUCCUGUGAGGUUGCUGAUACUCAGAAUGUUAUUCCUGCCACUGGUACUCGUCCAGUGCCACGCAACUCCCAGGCUUCAAUCAGUCCCAGUGGGCACCCACCUAGCCUCUACCUUCUCUCUGUAGAAUUCUCAGGGAUUCAUGCUUGUCCACCAGGCCUUGGAGUUAGGCCAAGGUCCCUACCAGAGCUCCUCCUGUCUCUUGGUCUCCAGUGUGGGGCAAGGAGCACUGGGCCAUGGGGCAGGGAGCACAGAGCAUGGGUCAUAAUCAGAAUUGUAAAAGGAGCUGCAGACUCCAUCAAUAGAAGUAAUAUUUCCCCCAUCCCUAGAUACAGGAGUCUCGAUACACAGAGUCUCGAGCUGUUAGAAAAGGGCUAUGUAAGUCAACUGUGAAACCAUAAAUUUACCAGGAAUUGCCUUCCAUCCCUCUUUAACCAUAUGUUGGGUCUUUUACUUUUUCUUCCUCACUCUUCUUCUCCCGACUACUUGACUGAACCGCUGAUAAUCAAAUUUGUGCUAUGGUGUCAGUGACUACCAUGGCUUGGUAUUAUAAGCUGUAGUUAUAUUUAUAUAGGAAAAGAGGAUAAAUAUGUAGGAAGCCAAGUAGAUGAAUUGGAGAGUUUUAGGAACUGGGGUCAGGGAGGGCCAUACAUUCUUGUCCUCAGAAAGCAGCUGGCUGUGGUAACGUCAGUGGGUGGCAUAGUUAAAUUAAAGAGCUUGGUUGGGAAUUAUUCUUGGAUAGUUGGGACCAGGCCAAAGAUUUAAGAUUCAUUUGUGCUUCCCUGGGGACAGCAGUGUCCUGGGGGUGGGGGAAUAAAGCUGCUUGCUCCUCUGGAGUGACUGGACUGUGUGACCCUGAAGACAGUGUGUUACCUCUCUGAGCCUCAGCUGGCAGAAGAUGGGAACAUGGAGGGCUUGAUCCAAGCUAUGGGGACUGACACUACCAGCCACAGCUGUGUCCAGGGCUCAUGUCUCUCCAGAACCCAGGAGGAACAUCUGUUGACCAGGAGCACCAUUAGUGCUAGUCUGCCCACUGCCCAUACGCAGAGCCUCAAGUGCCCUGAGACCCGCCUCCUCUCCUACUUCUGGGAAAAUAAAUGUUUACCAACA